GAUACGCCGCGUGGACUGGCGCUUCUCAAAACUUUGGCCUGUUGGCAGAGGAGAAAUUGUGCAAAGAUGACCAAGCACACUUAGGUACUCCAUGUGCAAUACUUCUUAAGCAAUAAAACCAAAUCCACUCAACACACUGUUGCUGCUUCCCGUCAAUAUUUGUUCUUUCUUUGAAAGCCAAGAGGUCAAAAAGCAACUUGGUUUCACUUUCGAUGCGAGGUAGAAAUGCUGUCGGACAGGUUGACGUUGGCGACAAACAUCAGCACGACGAGCGCUGGCUUGCAUUCUGAUGCCAGCAGCCACUGCGUCGGACGGGACGACAAAUCAGGAAACAAGUAAAGAAUUAAAGAGACAGAGUCGCCAAUCAACAUGGAGCAGUUGGUGGAACCUAUCUUGGGUUUGUGCUGCGAGCUGAACAAAAUGGGGCAGACGGCCAAGUCCAACAAGGCCCUGUGCCAGCAAGUGGCCGACCGCGUGCGCAGCUUGGAGAUGAUGGUGCUGAGCAUCAGGCAGCGGCCCGACAGCGUCUCGCCCAAUGUCAGAACCGCCCUGAUCGAGCUGACCCGCAGUCUGGAGGACGCCACCGAACUCAUGAGGAAACUUUCCAAAACCAACGUCGUGUCCAAGGUGUUAAACUCCAGCAUCAACGAGUCCAAGUUCCAGGAAGUCGGUCAGAAGCUGAGCCAAGACCUGCAGAUGCUGUCCAUGGCUCUGCAGAUCAGCCACGGCGACACCCUCAGGGAGGGCCUGAGGAACAUCAUGGCGGAACACAGGGCGAUCAAGGCCCAGAGCCUCGAACCCCUCCAUCACAAGCCCGUCCUGCAGGUGACCCAAGCCAACGAGGGUCCGGGCGGUGCCGAGGCUUCAGGCGACGCCGACGAGGGUCCGGGCGCCUUGGACGGCGGCGCGGCCCAAGAUUCUACGACAUUUGUCACCAAGAUGCUAUUGUCCUCCGUGAACAGGGUCAAGCCGCUUCUUGGCAAGGAGACCGAGGAGCCCGGUACACCUCUGGCCAAAUUGUCAGAGAGCAAGGCACCCGUACCAGUGUCACCUACUAGCACUAGCGCCUUACUCGAGGCACAGGGUUCCACGACAUACAGCUCCAGGCAGUCACCCAUCCACAUGCCACCCUCCUUCGCGGAACCCACUCUGAUGUCACCGGUCCCCAUGGUGUCCCCCAUGCCCAUGAUGUCCCCCAGGCCCAUGAUGUCCCCCAUGCCCAUGAUGUCCCCCAGGCCCAUGAUGUCCCCCAUGCCCAUGAUGACCCCCAGGCCCAUGGUGUCCCCCAUGCCCAUGAUGUCUCCCGUCCACAUGGUGUCCCCCAUGCCCAUGAUGUCACCUGUCCAGAUGGUGUCCCCCAUGGUGUCCCCCAUGCCCAUGAUGUCUCCCGUCCAGAUGGUGUCCCCCAUGGUGUCCCCCCCCGUCCCCAGCUUCCCCUACUCCUAUGCGCCCACACCUUCUGGGAUGAGCUUCAAUCCUAUGGCGAUGGCGUACCAGCAGCGCCCCAACAACACGAUGAACACCGCCACAAACUACAACAACAACUAUCGAGACUUCCUCAAGCUGACACGAGCUUUAGCCUCGGUGCAACAAGACAACCCCUGGGAGCUAGACCCCUAGUCAUAAAGUCAUAUGAGCGGCAACGUUUUGCGCAACUCUUACUUCAAUGAUACGCCGCGUGGACUGACGCUUCUCAAACGUUUGGCCUGUUGGCAGAAGAGAAAUUGUGCAAAGUUGACCAAGCACACUUAGGUACUCCAUGUGCAAUACUUCUUAUGCAAUAAAACCAAAUCCAAUCAA